AUGAGCAUGAAACCUCAGAUCCCUGCUCCGGCCCAUACACUCGCCGACUCGAUGUUGGCGCGACGCUUCGGAAAAGAAACGGCGAACUAUUUCUCCAGUUCUCCAAUCAACCGGCUGUCAUUCCUUCGCUCCGAACAUCCGUUCCUAUCAGCGGCUUUGAAGCACCCGUCUACUCAGUUCGUGCUGCUGAACAACCUCGCCCCGUUGACUCGCUCCCCAUCCGAGCCAUACUAUGCCAAAUACGAUGAAUUGCACAAGCUCAUUUCGCGAGACUUCUUCGAUCAGCCCGAGGAGGAUUUUAUCAAGAGCUUCGACUCGCGCAAGACCUACCCGACGCUUAUCUUCCUCGGUAUGGACGAGAGCCGCAAGGAAGGCAGUAUGACGUGGAAGAUAUACUCUGGAGUGCCGUUCUUUGCGGUUGAUGUGACACCCAGGGGCUCUGAGGCGCAGCAGACGGCUGCAAAGAAUGUCAUUAGCGCCAUGGAGGAGAAGGGAUUGUCUUUCUUCCAGACGAGAAUCGUCACCACGUUUACCCCAGACGACGCUGCUAUUUACGCACAAGCGCGCGCACUGAACGAUUGGAACAACCGCAAUACUUUCUGCGGCACCUGUGGCAAUCCCACGCUGUCCGUCAACGCCGGCACCAAGCGUGCUUGCCCGCCAACAGACGCUGCCCGAACUGCGCAGGGCCUACCCGAGAAACGCCCUGAAUGUAACACCCGCACCACGAUUUCGAACCUGUCUUUCCCCCGCACCGACCCCACCAUCAUCGUGGCGGUCGUCUCUGCCGAUGGCAAGCGCAUCCUGCUCGGCCGAUCGAAGCGAUUCCCGCCGAAAUGGUACUCAACCCUGGCUGGGUUUAUUGAGCCUGCGGAGUCGAUUGAGGAUGCGGUCCGCAGGGAAGUGUGGGAAGAGGCUGGUGUGACGCUUGCUCGUGUCGUUAUUCACUCGUCACAGCCCUGGCCGUACCCGGCAAACCUGAUGAUCGGUGCAAUUGCGCAGUGCAGUGAUGCCGCUCAUGAGAAGAUUCAUCUCGAACAUGACCCUGAGCUUGAGGAUGCGAAGUGGUUUGACAUUGAGGAGGUGGAGGAAGCUUUGCGCAUUGGCACGAGUGACCUGAGUGGUGCUGCGCCUCCUGAUUAUAAGGGCGGCUUGAGACUGCCGCCUGCCACGGCCAUUGCGAACCAGUUGAUCCAGUCUGCCAUCAGUGCUGAUUAUUUCCAGGCGGAGAAGAGUAAGAUGUGA